CUGUCAAAAGCCAAAAUUAUAUAACAACCCUAACCUCUAAAGUAAUCAAAUUUAUGAAAAACUAUCAGUUUUUAUCAAAAUAAUGGGAAAUGGACUCGGACACAUGCCCCAAAAUGGGUUCGAUUUAUAUUUUCAUCCAGAGAUAACACCAGAUCCUAACGAAGAACCUACGUUUGACCCAAAUCUUGGCUUCCCCAAAGGCAGGAAGGAGAGAGUAAUGAUUGCCACCGAUGAACAAAUGAGAUCAGCGAAGUUACCAUUAAAAGAUCGAGAUUACUGUGCUCAUUUGUUGCUAAAAUUUAGAGGUUGUAGGAGAGAACACUGGCCAUGGGCUGUGAAAUGUGAGCAUGAAAAACAUGAGUAUCUUAACUGUAAAUAUGAUGAUUUUAUUUUGAGGAUGAAGGAAUACGAACGUGAAAGACGUUUAAGAGUUAAAUCCCAAAAUGAGUUGCGAGCUGAAGAAGCAUAAUUUAUAGUGUUAUGUGCUAUAGAAUAAAUUAACAUUGUAGAAGUGAUGUAAAUAAUGAUUUUUUUUUCUUAAAGUGGUUUAGUAUUUUG